AUGGAAAAGCUCCGUCUUCCAACCUUCGAUGGUGUAUCCGACCCUUCUUCUCACGUCACAUCCUUCAAUAUCGCGAUGCGACGCGCGAACCUCUCUGAUAAGGAAAAAGACGCCUGCUUUUGUCAACUUUUCGUCGAAACCCUAGAAGGCAUCGCUCUUAACUGGUUCACCGGUCUUCAGGAGAACUCCGUUGAUAGUUUUCACGACCUCUCGACGGCUUUCCUCAAAAAUUACAUCAUGUUCAAAUCCAUUGUCCCAAAAGUCGAUGUACCAGACCAUAUAGCCGUGGAGUCGUUGAUGAACACCCUCCACAUUAAGUCACCAUUUCGGGCUGAUCUUUACCGACACCCGACUAUAUCAGUACCGGAUGCCAUCGCUCGAUCCAAUAACUUCAUUCGAAUGGAGGAGGAUACUAGGGCCAACGCGGCUAAAGAAGCAGAAGGGAAACAGACUCCCGCCCGGACGAACGAUGGCGAACCAACAAGGUCGAACGCCGUCGAGCCGAGUAAAUGGUGUUCCUAUCAUGAUGUCAAAUCACAUGAUACGAAGGAUUACAAAGUCUUAUACGGACACUUCCUCAAAUCCAUCGAAAGCGGGAAAAUCGAGAUUGAAUCUCCACAUAAGCCGAAAAACAAUAAGAGUUGGAGCAAAAACAAAGAGAAGAAGAUUCAGAAGUCUCAAGCAAAAGCCCCUCAAAAAGAAGAACGAACCAGCCCUGAGAGACCCACCGUAAACAGUCUCAAUCUCGAGGGUAAAUCAACUGACGAAGAACCACCUAAAAACCGACGGCGAGUGGAAGUAAUCCUCUCUCGACAGGCUAAUUCCUCGAAUGACGAAACCCUACCGCGGCAACAAGAUUUGCGCGAAACGUUGGAUAGGAAAACAGAUUCGAAGGAUCUGCGUACCUUUCUGAAGCGGAAGGCCGCAAUGAUGCACGAGAGCAAGACGGACCUUCGGACGUCCCUUGACGAAUCUAAAGCAAGAAAGACCGCACACGACGGGGCGGCAGCAAACUUUCAAUCCCUACCCGCAGAUUUACGUGAACAGAUCAACUCCAAAGCGGAAGAUUUACGCGUUAAGCUCAAGAAACACGAUUUACAACCGUGCAUCGAAGCGAAAAGGCAAGCGCAUCGGGAGUUGAUGGAGGCUACGAACACCCCGCACCUUAACGUCAUAAUGGGUGGUUUACCUCCCUAUGGGGACUCGGUCAGAGCAGUUAAGGAUUAUAGACGACAGGCCGUCACUGCCCAAAAGUGGCCUUCACAAGUAGAAAACGACCAUCGAAUCUCUUUCUCGGCGGCCGACACUCACGGCGUUAGUAUGCCGCAUAACGAUCCGCUCCUCAUUGAUAUUGGAAUUGGUGAGUACCAUGUCACAAACGUUCUCGUCGACACCGGCAGUUCAGUCGACCUUAUCUUUCGAGACACGCUCGAUAAAAUGGGGGUCGGCCUAUGCGACAUGAAGCCCUCUUCACGCACUCUCACGGGAUUCAACGGCUCCUCAAAACAGAUGAUUGGGACGAUACGUCUCCAAGUUUACACAGGUGACGUAAUCCGCACUGUUAAGUUCUCUGUCGUCCGCGCCAGGGCACCUUAUAACGCCAUCCUCGGUACACCCUGGUUACAUUCCAUGAAGGCCAUUCCCUCCACUUAUCACCAGUGCGUUAAGUUUCCUGGGAAAGACGGAGCAACACAGACAAUCCGUGGGGACCAACGGGCGGCGAGAGACCUGCUUAUCGCCGCAGUCAAGCUACAACAGUCAACCUCACUCGUCAGCGCAGUCAACAAACCAAUCCAUAAGAUCUAUCCUCAGAAGGAAGAAAUCCGUGAGGUACCCAUCGACGAGGCUGACAUAUCAAAGGUCGUGCGCAUUGGCGCUUAUCUCUCCGAUGAAAUGCAAUCGCUGAUUAUUUCCUUUCUUAAAGAGAACGCCUCAACCUUUGCGUGCGUAACUUCUGAUAUGAAAGGAAUAGAUCCCGCAAUAACAUCUCAUGAAUUGAACGUUGACCCGACGUUCAAACCUAUUCGACAGAAGAGGCGGAAGCUCGGGCCCGAACGGUCUAAAGCAGUAAACGAGGAAGUUGAUAGAUUGCUCGACGCAGGAUUCAUAGCCAAAGUACGGUACCCAGAGUGGCUAGCAAACCCCGUCGUCGUAAAAAAGAAAAACGGGAAGUGGUGCAUUUGUGUUGACUUCACGGAUUUGAACAAAGCCUGUCCAAAAGACAGCCACCCUCUCCCGCAUAUCGACCGUCUGGUAGAGUCGACUGCCGGCAAUGAGCUCCUAACCUUUAUGGAUGCUUUUUCAGACCAUCUGGACCACUUGCGAGAUUGCUUCAAAACGCUGAACGAGUAUAAAAUGAAGCUCAACCCGGCAAAAUGCACCUUCGGUGUCACAUCAGGAGAAUUCCUUGGUUACAUUGUUAAUCAGCGAGGCAUCGAAGCAAACCCAAAGAAAAUAACGGCAAUCCUUGAUCUCCCAAGCCCUAAGAACACCCGCGAAGUUCAGCGUUUAACCAGAAGGAUUGCAGCGCUUAACAGGUUCAUUUCAAGAUCUACGGAUAAAUGCCUCCCAUUUUACGAACUUCUGCGAGGAAACAAAAGAUUUGCCUGGGACGAAAAAUGCGAGGAAGCGUUCAAUCAACUCAAGCAUUACCUCACGACGCCUCCAUUUCUGUCGAAACCCAAAGUUGGGGACACCUUAUCUCUAUAUAUUGCCGUCACCUCCUCGGCAGUCAGCAGCGUCCUUAUACGAGAAGAUCGAGGCGAACAGAAGCCUAUUUUCUACAUAAGCAAGUGA